AUGGGCGGCGCCGUUGGCUUCGGUUCCCUGCUGAGAUAUCCCUCCAUUGUCUACAAUAACAACGGUCUCCAAUUCUUCAUUCCCUACCUCCUAUCCCUCAUAACUCUCGCCAUCCCCACCCUCAUGCUGGAGAUCGCCAUCGGCCAGGCCUACCGCGCCGGUUGCGUCGUUGCCUGGCAUACAGCCAACAAGCACGCCAAGGGUAUUGGGCUCGGUGUCAUCUACAACGGCUACGCUGUCACCAUCUACUUUGUUCCCAUGAUCGCCUGGAUCAUGAAGUUCUUCCGUCACUCUUUCACGAGCCCCCUCCCCUGGAUGGGCCGCAGUGCCGAGUUCUACGAAGAAACCAUCUUAGGAAAGGUUGCCGCCAACCCUGGCAGCAUCGCCGACGACGGCAGCAUCGCCCGAUAUACCUCGUACCCCGGCACGGCCAUGAUCGGCGAGACCGUGGGCUGGACCAUAUUCACCUGGUUUGUCAUGUGGAUGUGCAUCUUUCGCGGCGUGGGGUUGACCGGCCGCGUCAUCUACUUCACCAUGGGCAUUCCCUUGCUUCUUAUCGUCAUCCUGAUCGGCCGGAGCGCUGCCCUACCCAACGCUAUUGAUGGCGUCCGCCUCUACAUGGCUGUCUGGGACUCCUCGAAGCUUGCCAGCCCGACUCUGUGGCAGGAGGCUUGCGGGCAAAUCUUCUUCUCCGCCGGCAUUGGCAUGGGUUAUUACACCAGUUAUGCCUCCUACAACGCCAAGUACUCCAACGCGGUCCAGGACGCCGUAAUUAUUGGCACAUGCAACAUGUUCAUCGAAGUCGUUGCUGCUUUUGCCGUCUUCAGUGUUGUGGGAUACCUCGGUAUGGACCCCGCCGACGGCGAGCCCCUCGACAGUUUCACCGCAGCGUUCUUAACCUAUCCCGAGGCGCUCGCCCAGAUGCCUGGCGCCAACUUCUUCGCUGUCAUCUUCUUUGCCACCCUGUUCCUCCUCGGUAUGAGCUCGGCCUUUGCCAUGCUGGAGGCUUUGCUCACCGGCAUCAUGGACACCGACUGGGGACGCAGGUGGCCUCGUCCCGCUGUUGUAUCUGUUGUCAUCUUCGUGUCCAUGCUCAUCUCUCUGCCCUUCACCACUGAGUUUGGCUAUGAUCUCCUUGCAGCUGCCGACACUUGGGUGAACUACCUCGCGCUCUUCUUCAUAGUCUGGGCCGAAGCCACCUGUGCCACCACUCUGUACCGCUACAAGGACGUUGUCGACCAGUGCGGUCUGCCGUCGUUCGUCUUGUACAAUAUUGGUUACAUCGGCGGGCAGAUCUUCGGUUUUGCUGUCGGCCACGCCGUGUCGCCUGAGGCCGGAGCCGGCGUUGGGUUUGGCAUCUUCUUCCUUUGCCUUGCCUUUUCGCUCUUCGUCGGCAGAAGUCCUGAGGCCGAGACUCCCAGCUUCUGGGGAACUAGCGGAAACAUUGUUCGCAAGUUCUGGUGGCUGGCUUUCUACUCGGGUAACCAAAUCCGUCGCGAUCUAAACUCGAUCAUCGGAACCGGGAAGAACUGGACUUUGCCGUACAUUUUCGGCCCUGUCCUACGAUACAUCACCGCCCCCAUCAUUGGCAUGCUGUUCUCCAUGGCAUAUCCCCUAUUCUACGAGAACCGCAUGAAUCCUCUCCACAUUGCCGGGUUUGGUUUCAUGCAUCUGGUCAUUGUGUUUUCCAUCUUUGGGCUUUUCCUACCCCGAUGGUUUAAUGUCUUUGUCCCGCGCAACCGCCUCAACGAUGGCACAUAUCCCGUAACGCCUGGUGUUAUUCUGAAGCGCGCCAACGCCGACAACGACUACGCAGAUGGCGUGUCUGAUGAGGAAACUGGCGGCACAACUACCUAUGGGAGAAGCUCUGAUGAGACACUGCAAGGUAAGAAGAGCAGCACGCUUGACGACGUGCCCAAGGACACCGUGUCCAGCGAGAAUUGCUCAAAGGAAGAAGUCCCCAGGUGA